UAGUAGUUGCAUGUAUGUCUAUACAGCUUUCGCGUAGUCCGUGCAACAUCGCGACGUAACAUUUACGACUUUUUUUCCAAAAUCCUUAGUGUUGUGAUCAAACAGUUUAUUGUGACAGGAUUAUGUGAAAUCGGAUGAAUUUACAGUGUAUGGGUUUGUGUUUUAAAAACGUUUGGUAACUGGAAUAACAUUUUGUUUAAUCUGGAUUCUGGAACUUGUACUUGGAAUAGAGUGCAUUUGGUUUCAGUUUAGCAGAUUCCGACUCGAGUGCUUUGAACAGACUACAAUGAUGAAAAAACUUCAAUACAUUCUAGUAUUUGUAAAAGCUCUCGUGACUAGUGGUGGGCGAUAGAGUUAUCGAUAAAAAAUAAUUGUAUCGUAAAUUCUGUAGCAAAAAUGUUCUGGCAGUGCGGGGGUUGAUCAAAAAAAUUCAAGGAAAAUGUUGUAAAAGUUGUGCUGUGUUCGGAUAGUGUUGGGGUUAAAUAUGUUUAUCGAUAAUUUAUAGAAUCGUUUGUGAACAAUGGUGUGUGUUCCGUGUUUUGUGUUAAGAGUGUUUGUGUCACUCAUGUGUUGUGUUCUAAGCCGACAAGAAGUUCUCAUUGAGGAAUCAUCGGCCAUAGAGUCGUUCCACGCGCCGACAGGGGGCACCGUGGAGCUGCCCUGUGACGUCACACCGGCGUUACCCGACGACAGAAUGGGGCUGGUCAUCUGGUACAAGCAGGGCCACGACUCGCCUAUAUACUCGUUCGAUACAAGAGAAGGCGUGACGUCACACUGGUCAGAUCUUUCAACGCUGGGCUCCCGAGCGACCUUCCGAAGCACCACAGCACCAGCAGUACUACUACUUACUAAACUAAGGCCUGAAGACAGCGGGCAGUACAGAUGUCGGGUGGACUUCAUCAGGUCACCCACCAAGAACACAAGGCUAAACCUCACAGUAUUAAUACCUCCAGAGCGGCUGAUUAUCCUGAACCAGGAAGGCGAUGAGAUCAAAGGAGGAGUUCUUGGACCCUAUGAUGAAGGAACUGAGGUCAACCUGACUUGUGUGGCUGUUGGAGGUCGUCCUGUCGCCCGCGUGUCUUGGUGGAAGUCACACGCGCUGUUGGCUAAUUCGGAGGCUCGUGCUGCUUUGACAUUCACUCUACAGCGAAGUGACUAUGGAACUGAGAUUACUUGUCAGGCAGUGACUGACCCCUCCAUCAUGCCGCUUUCCGAAAAUCUCACCAUUGAUGUUAACCUUCGACCACUCUGGGUGCGAUUGUUAGGAGGCAAGCGACCUCUGGUAGCAGGUCAGAGUACAGAACUGGUGUGCCAAGCAGUUGGUGCGCGCCCCAAGCCCAACAUAUCCUGGUGGAAAGGCGGAACCAGGCUGAAGACUAUCAGAGAAACUACGUCUUCGGAUGGUAAUGUGACUAGCAGCAUCCUGACCCUGGUGCCUUCUAUAGAAGAUGCUGGAAGGGUGUUGUCAUGCAGAGCAGUUCAGCCUACGCUCUCACAUUCAACACACGAAGAUGGAUGGAAGCUCGAGAUACAACAUUUGCCAGUAGUGAAGUUGGAGUUGGGCGCAAACUUGGACGCGGACAAAGUUGUGGAAGGAUCGGAUGUGUACUUAGACUGCAUGGUGCGGGCCAACCCGUGGCACACUCAUGUGUAUUUCACUCAUAAUGGUGUGACAGUGAAGCCGGGUCCAGGUGUGGUGGUGGCCAACCAGAGCUUGGUUCUCCAAAGAGUUUCGCGUCGUGUGGCUGGGGCCUAUGUCUGUAUUGCCAGAAAUAGUCUAGGAGACGGUGGCAGCGAUCCUCUGGUUUUGGACGUUAAGUAUAGCCCGAUGUGCAAAACACAACAAGCGGGAGUUUUGAGGGCGGCGAGAGGAGAAGUCGUCGAGAUUGACUGCGAAGUUGAUGCCAACCCUAAGGAGCCGAUGACUUACCACUGGUGGUUCAACAGUACAACGCACUCCAAGCUCGAACUCAACACUUUUCCGAUGAAUGCGCAAAACAGCCUUGACAGAUACUUGUACAUGGUUAACACGUCGGCCGACUACGGCUGGGUACAAUGUACCGCCAGCAACUCGGUUGGACGACAGGACACUCCUUGCCUAUUCCACAUUUUACCUGCAGAAAAACCCUCAUCAGUGAAGAAUUGCGAGAUCACUAACGUAACAUACGACUCGCUGACACUCGGCUGUGUUCCCGGACAUGACGGAGGACUUCGGCAGUCGUUUUUAUUGCAAGUAUACGACAUGGCAACGGGUUUGUUACUCCGGAACAUAAGCAGCGACGACCCCCAGUUCGUAGUGUGGGGUCUAUCCGGCACCAACGCCGUCGGUAUAUCCGUCCGGGCUUACAACAAGAAAGGGUUGAGUGAACCUUUUACGCUGUCGUCUAGCUUGCUGAAAUAUCCCCAGAGGCAUACAGCCAACGUUCCUGUUCGUGUGGAGUUGACAACAGUUCUGGUGACAGUGCUGUGCGCUGUGGCCAUUAUAGCGGCGGUCACGGCCGUCUCCGCGUUCGUCUUCUGCUGGAAGUACUGCAACAAGAGAGAGGACAUGAAGAAUGAGAAAACGCAUCGAAAACAAGACGAGAUAUCUAACAUACCACUCACUGGGACUACUGAAUGCGAAAGCGUUGACAGCUUAGAUAAGAAUCCAGACAUAAUACCAAUUGAGGGUAAAAUUAGCGAUAAUUGCUCCAAUAAAUCGUCAGCGACUGACUACAGUUCAAUAAGACCGCUGCUUUCCAAGUCUGAACCAGAUAAAUACGAUUCCAACUGCGAACGACAUUAUGAUCACAAUGAACCAUGCAGCCAAUACGUCCAAGUUAGACCACUGGACUUCAGAGUGCACCAAUUCCAACAUGGCAUGCAGAUGCCCAAUAUUGGUCCAAGCAUACAGGGUUAUACAAACAUGAGUCACAUGCCCAAUGUUGGACCAAAUGAAUGCAGAGCGUCGUAUGACAAAGUGUACGAGAAUUGGUUGAAGUAUAAAAAUUCUUUGCCGCUGAAUACUAGUGGAUUGUUACCAGUGGAACAAUGUAUGCCGCCAGAAUUAUACCAACCUGGGAUAUACAGUGGACUACGGAACCCGCUCCACCUAGCCCAGAUGCCAGAAAUCGAUCCGUACCAUUUGGAACCAGGUCUAAUGCAGGACUUUAGGACGAACACACCACCAGUACGGGUCAACCCUGAGAACUCUAGUGUUUAUUACAAUAAAACUUCGUUGGAUCGGGGAACUAGCACACUGCCACAUAGGAAAACUAGUGUAACCACAUCGCAACUAGAAAUGAAACCGAGCGGGCCGAAAUCCGUCGAAACCAAUUCUAGGCAACCCGAAGAUAAACCUGAGGGUAGGUGAGAAAACACUGAGUUUUACGCAGAAACCAAAAUGUAGUUCCGCACAACGUGAUUUAGUGACUAUGUGGACAAUUAUAACAUUAAAAAUAAU